AUGAAGGCCAGUGAUUUCAACAUUGUGCUAACAGCUCUUAUCACAAUUGCUCGCGCCGCUGACGGGGAUAAUUGGACCGAGGUGCCGGCAUGUGCUCCGGUGACAGUCGUACAGACAGUCAAGGAGUGGCAAGAUGUUGAAGCCAAGACCAUAUAUUUGACAUCGACUGAUACGGUCUACAAGACCACUACUGAGACCGAGUACAAGACCGACACCGUCGCUGUCACGGUUACGGAAGUGGACACCAUUACUGUUGUUGAUACCGUCACUGCCGUCGAUACCAUCACUGCCGUCGAUACAGUUGUCAACACCGUCACAGCCCUAGAAACUCAGCAGGAGUACUACACCGAGACUCAAGUCCAAACAGAUGUCAGCACCAUCACCGUGACCGAAGAAGGCCCGACUGUGACGGUCGAGCCUCCCUGUAGUACGACCACUCCCCCUACUGGCUUGGUGCUCUGUCCAUCCAGGAUCAUCAAUCCUACAUAUACACCUAAAGAGCCUCUACCGACGGACUAUCUAUGGGGAUGCAAACCCGGCUAUAUUUGCACACCAAAACAGGUCGAUUGUAAUUUUGAGAGAAAUCCUCCCGCUAGCAGCUAUGUCUGCGCGCCGGAAGAAUGCAAGCCUGUACCGGGACUCCCAGAGUCGGCUAACACAGGAUGGCCGACACGGACUGAUGCUAAUUGCGCGUGGUAUGACCCUGCCCCAGGGUAUUUCAAUCUCAACCCUGAAUACUUCGGCCUCACCUACGACAUCUUCGACAUAUAUGGACAGCCUCAAAUGCGCGGUACCAACAACCCUCUGGCGGCGCUCUUGAUCCGACAGUCUCUCGCCUUAGCCCCAGCAGAGUGCUACGGUCAAUUCAAUUACGCUAGUCAAGUGGGCGAAGACAUCGGUAAGGUGGCGGACAGGCUAUGUGAGCCAAACACCGAGUUCCAGACUGCACUCUCAGCCUGCAGAGAUUGCCAGGGAGAAUAUGGCAACGGCAGUGGCUCGCCAGACAGCUUCCCGGCGCUACAAGAAUUCGUCGAUUGGUGCUCAGCCAAUUCUUAG